GUUUCAGGAAAAUACGUAGUGUAACUAUUACGUGAGAUAGUGGUCUUAAAGCUUACGGGAGGGGAUUCAUAGCAAUACUGAGAAGCAUUUCUCGUCAGCGAGCCUGUCUUUCGGUGUCAGUGCAUGUUGGGAUAUUGCGGUUAUUCAUGUAUGAAGUAAGGUGUGGUGCCAGGUCUGCUGCAGGGAGGUCCUAUGCGCGUAGAGCUGGCGUGUGGCCGUUGCAAUGGGGUGUUGGCAUUUGCUUGGAACGGUGAGGGAAGUGUGGUUUUCGUCAGAGGGAAAAGGGAGCAAGAUUGUGUUUCUUCUUUGAAAUUUUGCAAACGUAAGUAGGGAACACGGAACGCGAGGGAUGGAUUACGAGGUAGCAUAUCAUGGCGUCGUGGAAGGCGAUACCAUCCUAAUUUUGGAGCGAGCGUACCUGCGUGAUGCUGCCGUUGGUAUGGAGCCAUGGGGCUCAUCGCCGGAGGGUCGGAGCAUGACAAGGACGUAUGAUGUAAAUUUGAAUGGACGUAUGGUUCUUCGUGUGGGAGUUGGUGUUUCAUACCUUCAAGGAUCUUUAGUCACUCUUCGUUUCUAUUUGCGUCGGUUUGGUGAAGUGAUUCCUGUUGGGGAACCUGCGGAUGGCAAGGAUCUAUUGUUGUAAAGAAGAUUCGGGGUACUUGAAGAGGAGAUAGCAAAAGAGAAGAGGUUAAGGGAUGAAGCAAUGGCGGAUGCCGGAGCAUGGAAGAGCGAGGCACUACGACCCGACAACAAACGGGGAAACCUGGCCGUCGAAGCCACUUCAGCAACGCAAGCCAGGGUGCGCGCACGAACGACACUGGGAACGACACCGGGCACCACGCGAUUACACGUGGACGAGCACUAUAAGAGUGUUGUGAAAAGGCACGGAAUGGAAGUCGACAUGCUGCAAGAGAUGAGGUUGAAAGAAAUGAGGGCUAGGCGAGAAGCCAAGGAUGAGUUACAAAAGAUCAGAUCACAGAAGGCAAACGAUGAGCUGGAGAUAGAGAAAUUGCACGAGAAGAUGAAGAUAUUAGAGAUGGAGAAGAGACAUCAGGGCGGGGCCACUAAUCUGAAAUCACGGCUUGAUGAGGUGGCCGGGUGCUCUGCGAGAAAAACGGAUAGGGCGAAGGAGGCUACCCUAGCAAUUCAGAUCAGUGAUCGAGAGAGAUUCUUGAGAAAAGCGAGGAAGGAUUUUAAGUGUGUACGAAAGGACGAGAUCCUAACGAUUUGCGAGAAAGAGGGAAUCACCUACGAAAAGUUGGGACAUUACGACAGAAGAAAUUGCAAAAGUACGGACGGCCAGGGAAUUCGAUGAUCAGGGUGAUGCGGGUGGAAAGGGGAAACAAGUGGUUCACGAGGUGUUAGAGGAUGGAGGGGAUGAGAUCGAAACGA